AUGACAGAUACCUCCUCCCUCGCCAUCACGCACGCCACAACGGAUUCCUAUCCGGUCCACGCCCAUCGCGGCUCCCAUGCCGCCGUCGACGGCGCCGCCUCUGACUCCGGCGCACCCGAUGAAGAACCUUACACCAUCAAAUGCAUUUGCUCGUUCGAUGAAGACGAUGGCAACACGGUCUUCUGCGAAGGGUGCGAGACAUGGCAGCACAUCCUCUGCUACUAUCCGGAUAAGAAAGUACCAGAUGUGCACAACUGUGUCGACUGCGAGCCACGGCCCCUUGAUAACCGUCGUGCCAACGAACGACAGCGGCUGCGGCGGAUCCGAGAGAAAAGCGAGGACGGUGACCGGAAGACAAGGAGAUCUGGCCCCAAAACACAAAAGAGAAAGUCCAAUGAUGCCGAUAUGAACGCCUUUGGUCAUAGACGACAUGAUUCGGGUUCCCGUGACCAGCCACCGUGGUGUUUCGGCCCCCCGGGUCUGUCGAUCGAAUCGCGCAACCGUCGAUCCUCCACAUCGGUUGCGAUGAGCCCAACAGGCAUCCCUGACCCCCCUAUCCCCCACUACUCGGACGAAUUUCUCUCUCUUUACGACCGCGAUGAUUUAUUUGUUGAAUCGAAGAGUAUUCUCAACUACGGCGUGGAUUUUGUUAAUGAAAUUGUUGCGUGGCUGAAGGACCCACAGAUCCUGGCGCGAGUUGCUGAUGGACUCAGUGUGGAAGACUUCGCCAAACGGUCUGAAGAGGCCAUGGAUCGGUCUCGCUGGCCCUCAUUGACAACGGAAACCAUCACAGACUCGACAAUUGAAAUCGGUGGUAAACACCCAGUUCACAAGAUCUUGAAAACCCAGGACCCAGUCCAAAAGGAUGACAUUGUCGGUGAAAUCUUUGGCAAAUUAGGCCACGUCAAAGACUACAAAAAGCUCGACAGCAACCGGUGGGAGGAAUUGGGGCACGCCAUGCCUUUCGUUUUCUUCAACCGGCAGCUGGACUUGUACAUCGACAGUCGUCAGGAAGGAAACGAGCUCCGCCAUGUCAGGCGGUCAUGCGACGCCAACGUUUGGUUGAAAAUUUACAUCACCAAUGGCCGACAGUACCGUUUUUGUUUCGUCGCUAAAAGAGACAUUCCUCCGGGCUCGGAAAUUACUACCAUGUGGCAUUUCGACGAAUCUUUCUUUCCUUGCGACGCCACAGUUAAAGAGGAAUUCAAGGACAGGGUGGUAGAUCCGAAGGACGCUGCUAUUUGCAUUAGUGCCACACUGGCUAACUUCGGCGGCUGUGCUUGUGGAAAUCCUCAAACUUGCGUACUGAACAAGCUUGAUCGUCGCUCCAAGCCUCCUGGAAACAAACGCGUCAAGGCGAGGCUGAAGGGCAAGGGCAAGAAGUCAAAAUCACUCGGUCUUACUGAUAUCGGUCGCGCCGGCAGCGAGAUCAAGCAUCCUGACGAACAUGACAUCGCAGCCGAUGCCCGAUCAACUUCUGGUUCCGCGCGUGGUCGACACACUGGCAGUCGUGAUCUCAGCCCCACGGCUCAGCUAUCACUGCCAGAGCUCUCCAGCCGCGAAAGACGCAAAAUAGCUGAUGCCGAAAAGCAGUUCCAACAGCUAGAGCAGCUUAGAACUGUCAAUCCCAAAAGGAAAAAGCGUUCUAUAGGCCCUCAGGCACAAUCUAUCCCUAAAGCAGUCUCGAGCUCAACCCAAACUGGUGACGACUUCAAACCUUACCACGAGCCGGGCCAGUCUCGAUCCUCUGAAUUGACAGGACAAUCGUCCCGGCAUCAAGUUACUUAUGUCGACGCCCAGACUGAACUUUACGCCGAUGACGUUGAGCGCUCGUUCUUGCGCGCAGAACGUUUGAGGCGAGGAUACAGACUCGACAUGAUCCAUCCAUCACAUAUGCUGAAGAUUCGUUGGUGUGCAGGACACCACAUCGGAGAGGACUGGGCUCAGCGAAAUGCAUGGGAGGCUGGCGACUUCAGUGUCGUGCCAUCUGGAGUCCUCCCCUGGUGGUACGGGUGGUUCCCACUACCGAUCGACGACAGGUCUCAUAUCGAGUUACUCAGGGAAGAUUCCGACAGAAUGGGAAUACCUGCUGAUCAUGGCUCCCUUACGAUGCCCCCUCGGUGGUCUUUCCAUCAGUCCAAGUAUCCCCAGCCUGAAUUGAAAUAUCAUGGCGUUUCGAUCAGAGGAAUGCACUAUGACCCUCCGGCGCGACCUGUCCAAGCUGAUGUUGAUAUUCGGGGUGCUGCUCUCUCCCACAAACCGGAAUCCUUCGCGUCUGGGUCUAGCAAUGAUCCACUCAAGACGCCAAUUCCGUCCUAUUGGCCAUCAAUUGCAGCGCAUAGCUUCAUAAUUCCUGGGGCUGGCAAUCGUGGCAAUCUGCAUGUCCCCAUGCCCCCACCAAAAGCUUCGAACAUCCAGUCAGCACUUAGUCCUAGUUCCAUGUCGACAGGGAGCCUCGCGUCACCUAGUUCUCAUGACACAGCUUCCCCGGUUUCUCUCAUGCCAUCUUCUGGUUCUGCACUCGCAGCCACCCCUGCCAAGAAGAAACUCAGUCUUGGUGAUUAUCUGAUUCGACGUGGCACAAUGACGACUACCCCGACUUCGGAAUCAGCUCCUGCCCCAGCUCCUGGUCCGCCUCCUGGCGAUUCUCGUCUACGCACCCAACAUUUUCUGGCCAUAACGACGGUAUUUGGUGAUAAUCAUCAACCUCCCCGCAAAACCGAACCUGGAGGUGACAAGACCGAACCCUCUGACUCUAUGGAUAUCUCUAUGGAGGACGCACCAGAGACAACACCCACCAAAAACCCGUCUAUCUCUUCGUAA